GGCUCCGGAUUCUGAAGGGCACCUUCGGGGUCAACCGUACAGUCAGGUGUUAAUUUGGCAGAAUUUUAUGAAGGCCCCGGUGGAGCUGAGAAAUCUGGUUCCUGCCGAGUGGGGCGUGGGGAGCAGACAGGGCAGGCGCAGGGGGAGGCAGAGCGCCCGCCCGGAGGGCCUGGAAGGCUGAGCAGCCCUCACCCCACCCCCAGACCACUCCAGGAGUGCCCUUGGGCUCUGGCUGGAGGACCAAGGGAAAGUGGGCCUUCCCCCGAGAGUAUUUCUGUAAUGCUGGCGGGGUGGGGGGCGUCUCUGUGGACCCACGGAGGCCCCCACCCCCGCACAGAGACCCAAGCUUGCCCCACACCCUCAAAGGCACCUACCGAGCUGCAGUCAGUGGCCACUCUGGGCCUCUGUUUCCCGCUAAAAGUGGGGUGCUGGUGCCUUCCUCUGUAACGCAUGCUGGGGACAGGGUCUCCAUCUCCCAGCCCGCAGGGGCUCUGUGCCCAGAGACCCGGAGUUGGGUGUGAACGGAGAGGGCCACCUGCUGUGUUCUCCAAGGGUGAAACUGGCCCAAGGUCACAGAGCAGGUGACUGGAGAGCUGCCUCGGGGUCCUGCAGCAAUGUCCUCUCCCGCAGGCCUUCUCCUCAGGGCGAGGCCAGGCCGGCGCCGCCCGCCUCCUGCCCCGUGACUCAGCACCCUCGCCCAGCACAGCAGGACUUUUGCCCCGUGCCCGCUCCGCUGGUCUCCUGGUCACAUCCUGCCAGGGGCUCCCGCAGCGCCUGUCCAGGAUGCAGGGAGCCAGGGCUCCCAAGGCCCAUGGCCAGUCCUUGGAUGCGAUGGGCACUCUAGGGCGGCCCUGGGUCAUCCUGCUCACCUAUGUGCUGACCGCCAUGGAGCUCUCCUGCCUCUUCCUGCAGUUCUCCAUCAUCCCGUACCUGUCUCGGAGCCUUGGCCUGGAUUCUGUCGCCUUUGGCUACCAGCAGACGAUCUUCGGUGUGCUUCAGCUGCUGGGCGGGCCGCUGUUCGGCAGGUUUGCAGACCAGCGUGGGGCGCGGGCCGCGCUCACGCUCUCCUUCGUGGCGGCCUCGGCACUCUACCUGCUCCUGGCGGCCGCCUGCAGCCCAGGUCUGCCCGGCGUGGCUUUGCUUUUUGCCUCCCGCCUGCCCGCCGUGCUCAUGCACACACUGCCAGCCGCCCAGAUGAUCAUCACGGACCUGUCUGCACCCGAGGAGCGGCCCGCAGCCCUGAGCCGACUCGGCCUGUGCUUCGGCGUUGGCAGCAUCAUCGGCUCCCUGCUCGGCGGGACCCUGAGCGCUGCAUACGGCAUUCAGUGUCCAGCCUUAGUGGCUCUUGGCAUCAACCUCCUGGGAACCGUCCUCAGCUUCACCUGCAUCCCUGCUAACACCAAGGGGGCCAGCGCCCGUGCCCAGGCUGCCCCGCCAGGCAGCUCCAGGGCCAGCGUGUUCGACCCGAAGGCCAUCACCCGCCUGCUGCUGCAGCCCGGCGUCCUGCCCGUGUUCCUGGUCAAGGUGGUCUCCGGCUUCCCCUCAGGUCUCUUCAUGGUCAUGUUCUCCAUCAUCUGCAUGGACUUCUUCCAGCUGGAGGCCGCCCAGUCUGGCUACCUCAUGUCCUUCUUCGGGGUUCUCCAGAUGGUCAUCCAGGGCCUGGUCAUCGAGCGGUUGAGCCGCCACUUCUCGGAGGCCGCGCUGCUCCGGGCCAGCGUGCUGGUCUUCAUGGUGGUGGGGCUGGCCAUGGUGCUGAUGUCCAACAUCUUCCACUUCUGCCUGCUGAUGCCCGGCCUGGUCUUCAGCCUGUGUGCCCUCAAUGUGGUCACCGACAGCAUGCUGACCAAGGCUGUCUCGGCCUCCGACACGGGGACCAUGCUGGGCCUCUGCGCCGCUGUGCACCCACUGACUCGGACCCUGGGGCCCACCCUGGGCGGCCUCCUGUACCGCAGCUUCGGCGUCCCUAUCUUUGGCCACGUGCAGUUCACCGUCAACUUCCUUGUCCUCCUUUUCCUCUGGAGGCAGCCUAUGCUUCAGAAGAUGGACAAAGUCCGGUGACCACAGCCCCUGGGGCGCAGACUGGCAAUAAACUCAUUUGGGACCUC